UUGCUAUUACUCUAAAUAAUAAGUGCUCCAGAUGGACCCACGUUCCACUCACAAAUCCUUAUUUCUUCGUUCUUGAAGUAAAAAAGGGAAAUCAAUGUGAUUAUUCGAAUUUCGAACUCAUAUAUAUAUAUAUAUAUAUGUAUAUGUAUAUAUAUAAGGGAAACUUAGUCUGUGUGUGUGUACGUGUGUUUAACUAUUUCACGUGUACGUUGUCGAUCGUAAGAAAUUAGUAUGGGAUCCAUGGCUCAGAAGUCGGUUUUGAUGUUAUGUGGAGAGUUCAUGGAAGCUUACGAGACCAUAGUACCUCUCUACGUCCUCCAAGCGUUUAGCGUUAGCGUCCACUGCGUUUCUCCUGGUCGCAAAACUGGCGACAAGUGCGUCAUGGCUGCUCAUGAUCUCCUCGGCCUCGAGUUAUACUCGGAGUUGGUGGUCGAUCAUCUAACACUAAACGCAAACUUCGAUGACGUCAUCCCCGAGCAGUAUGACGCCAUCAUCGUUCCCGGUGGACGUUUCACGGAGCUUUUGAGCACCGACGAGAAAUGCGUGAGCCUUGUGGCUAGAUUCGCCGAGCUCAAGAAGCUUGUCCUCACGAGCUGCCACAGCCAGCUGUUGCUCGCAGCGGCUGAUCUACUCACCGGUGGGAUGAAUUGCACGGCGUUUGAAAGCAUGAAGCCGUUGAUUGAGCUCUCCGGCGGCGCGUGGUGGCAACAGGCCGGAGUCCAGACACUUUUAGACAUCACCGAUUGUGUCAAGGACGGGAACUUCGUUUCCACCAUGGGGUGGCCAACGCUUGGCCACACUCUCAGAGUUUUGUUAGAAUCACUUGGCUUCAAGAUUUCUUGCUCCAAGGAGACUCUGCCUUCUUUGCUUUUCUUGAUUGGGGACUGUGUUGAAGAUUACAGUAUCAACGUACCAUUUAAAGCGUUUCAAGCUCUGGGAUGUAAAGUAGACGCAGUGACACCAAACAAGAAGAGAGGUGAUAAAUGCGCUACGAUCGUUCACGACCUCGAGGACGGACGGCAACUUCCUACGGAGAAGACCGGCCACAACUUCUAUGUGACCGUUGCGUGGGAAGAUGUCUCUGUGGAUGAUUACGACUGCAUUGUGGUUCCCGGAGGUAGAUCGCCGGAGCUCUUGGUGAUGAACGAGAAAGCCGUCGGAUUAGUCAAAGAAUUUGUUGAGAAAGGCAAGUUUGUUGCUGCCAUUGGAAUGGGAAAUUGGCUACUUGCAGCUACCGGUGCUCUUAAGAAGAAGAGAUGUGCAAGUGGUUAUGGAACAAAGGUGGCUGUGAAGGUUGCUGGUGGUCAGAUCGUGGAAUCAGAGCAGUGUGUGACUGACGACAAGCUGGUCACAGCCGCAACAACUUCCGAUCUGCCUGUCUUUUUGUAUGCAUUGUCGACUGCACUUGGUCUCUCUGUUGUAUUCUAAUCUCAAGUGGAGCUACAACGCCUGUCACAAAUUAUAAACAUGUCUUUAUAUAUAACUGCAUAUCUCUAUACAAGCUUCGAUGACAUUUUCAGGAAAAAAAAAUUUGCUACACUUGCGAUUUUUAAUAGAUUACCAUUUACCACUAUUAAGUUGUCAUGACUCAUGAGGCGUUGGCUGUAACAAUAUUAUAGAAUAUAGAAUACCACUAUUAAACUAA